CGGGGAGCGCGGGCGAGGAGAGCGCGCCGGCAGCCGUGCGUGCGCCCCGCUCACUCGGCGCCACUGCUCCCCGCCCGCCUGGAGCUGGAGCCCGGGGACCACGAGGUCUGGAGACCGCGGGCAGCGCCGAGCCCAGAGGGAGCGUGGAGCCGCCGAGUGUGAAGCCGGGAACCCAGAGCUGGGAGUCCGAAGGCGAGCAGCGGCCAGAGACGGGCGAGCGAGCCCGAGCGCUCCCGGGCGGGCAGGCGGCACAUUCCGGUCUGGUCCCGGUCCCGCGCUGCCCGGCUGGACGGCGCACCCCUCACCUCAGCGCCUUCCGCGCCGGCUACUGUUCAUCUGCCACCGCCCGACGCGCUUCCAUCCUCACCGGAUUUCCAGCGCCAGAGACCGAGACAAAGCCGGGACCCGGUGCCCACCAUGCGCCUCAAUAGCUCUGCGCCUGGCACCCCUGGGGCGCAGGGCGCCCAGCCUUUCCCACCACCACAAGCUGGGCUGGAGGCUGCGCUCCUGGCCCAGGGCUUCGCUAACGGCUCCGGCAACGCAUCGGAGCCCAUCCUGGAAGCACCUAGCAGCGAGCUGGACGUGAACACCGACAUCUACUCCAAGGUGCUGGUGACCGCCGUGUAUCUGGCGCUCUUUGUGGUGGGCAUGGUGGGCAACUCAGUGACUGCUUUCACGCUGGCGCGCAAGAAGUCGCUGCAGAGCCUGCAGAGCACAGUGCACUACCACCUGGGCAGCCUGGCGCUGUCCGACCUGCUCAUCCUGCUGCUCGCCAUGCCCGUGGAGCUGUACAACUUCAUCUGGGUGCACCACCCCUGGGCCUUUGGGGACGCUGUCUGCCGAGGCUAUUACUUCCUUCGGGACGCCUGCACCUACGCCACAGCCCUCAACGUGGCCAGCCUGAGCGUGGAGCGCUACCUGGCCAUCUGCCACCCCUUCAAGGCCAAGACCCUCAUGUCCCGCAGCCGCACCAAGAAGUUCAUCAGUGCCAUCUGGCUGGCCUCAGGGCUGCUGGCCGUGCCCAUGCUCUUCACCAUGGGCCAGCAGAACCGCAGUGCCGAUGGCCAGCACCCCGGGGGCCUGGUGUGCACACCCACUGUGGACACGGCCACUGUCAAGGUCGUCAUCCAGGUCAACACCUUCACGUCCUUCGUGUUCCCCAUGGUGGUCAUCUCCGUGCUGAACACCGUCAUCGCUAACAAGCUGACCAUCAUGGUGCGCCAGGCUGCCGAGCAGGGGACACAGCCCGGCACAUUCAGCAUGUCCAUCGAGCCCGGCAGAAUCCAGGCCCUGCGCCACGGCGUCCAUGUCCUCCGCGCUGUGGUCGUUGCCUUUGUGGUCUGCUGGCUGCCCUACCAUGUGCGCCGCCUUAUGUUCUGCUACAUCUCGACUGAGCAGUGGACCCCGUUCCUCUACGACUUCUACCACUACUUCUACAUGCUGACCAACACGCUCUUCUACGUCAGCUCCACCAUCAACCCCAUCCUGUACAACCUCGUCUCUGCCAACUUCCGCCAGAUCUUCCUGUCCACCCUGGCCUGCCUCUGUCCUGUGUGGCGGCGGAGGAGGAAGAGGCCGGGAUUCUCGCGGAAGACCAACAGUGUAUCCAGCAACCACGGCUUCUCCAGCAGCGCCACCCGGGAGACGCUGUACUAGGAUGCACGGGCCUGAGAGGCCGCGGAGGUGCCGAGGGGAGUAGCUCGCCCAGGCCACGGUGGGGGCCUCAGCCUGAGGUCCUUUCUCUUCUGCUUCUUCCCCCUCCCAGCCCUCCUCCUCCACCAGCACCCCCAAAAUCCAGAACCCAGAGCCUGUUCCCACCCUGGACCCCAAAUGGACAAGGGCAUCAGUGCUCACAGAAUACAGCUGUCUUCGUUGUCAGAUUAAUGAUGCUUAGAGAGAAAGCAGAAGGGAGGUGAGAGGACUGCCCUGGGCUGAGGGUCCCUCUGUAGCCCCCUCAAGAUUUCUGCCAUCCAGUUGAGGGGGUUGCAAGCCACAACCACUGCCCCACUUCUGAUCCCAUCAGGCGAGUCCAGCCCCAGGGCCAGGGCGCUGUGGCUUGGGCCUCACCCAGGCUCUUCACGCAGGUCACGGGCUGCCUCUCUGGGUAUCCGAGGAACCCUCGAGAGCUCUCCUCCAGGCCUGGGCCCAUGCCGAGUGUGAGGGCAUCCCCACCCUACUCUGCCCUUGCCUGGGCCCACAGAGGGGACCUAUGCUUGGCCAUGCCCAGAAAGGACAAAGGGGUUAACCCAUGAAAGCCCAGACCUGCCCCCCACCAGGCCUGGCCUUACCCAGGCCAAGACAGCCAAGGCCCUUCAUGGACACGAGGCAGGAGGGCACCGGGACCUCGGUCCUGCAGAGUGGCAGACAGGGUAGCCUGUGUCCCCAGCCCAAGCAGCAGUGGCCAGCCGAUACUUCAGGCACACAGUGGCGGCCAGACUGGCCCAUCUGGCCUUGUGGUGGGACUCUGAGAAGGGCCAGUUGGGCUGGGGGGGUAGGGCCAGGACUGGAGCAGGUAAGAAGCUGGACUGUGUGUCCAGACCCUUGGCUGGCUGCCGCUGCCCCAGGCUAGGACGGCUCAUUCGUCACCAGCCGCCAGGGUGCUGCCCUGGCCCGCAGCUCCAGGCGCCGGGAAGCAGGCGCCUCUGCAGUCUCCAGGAGCUACCUCUAAACAGGACAGGACCUGCACAGGCUCCCCACAGAGACAGGCAGGGGCCGCACGGGCAGUGGGAAUAACAGAAGGAUCCAGAAAGCAGGAUCUGGCCUUUAGAGGAGAUCUUGUGGUCUUAGGGUCUCACCUGCCGAGAAGGGAAGCCAAGCAGGGGCAGCCAGCAGGGACUGCACUACCUUGGGGUGCAGGACCCAGUCUUGUCUGGGGCAGCGCUGGACUGUAAAAUGCUAAGCUGACGCCAGGUUAUGAGCAGCCACCCGGAUCUGGCCACUCUGCCAUGGAUCUGUGCAGUAGUCAAGGACACAAAAUCCUUCUGCAAGCCACAGGAUCCUUCAGGUCAUCAGGGCUGGGCUGGCACAAGCCAGGCCCAUUUGCUGACCCCUGGAAGGACUCCCAACCUAGAAGGGGCCUGCAGAGGGCAAUGUGGUGCUCAGGGAGAGAGCUCAGAGUUCAGCAACUGCCAGAUCUGAAGCUGGGCAUGGGCACUGCAGUCUGAAGCAGCACAGAACUCAGGACUGAGCACUCCAGCCCUGGACCCCACCUGGGCUUUCCAGACUGCAAGUGCCAUGAUUCCUCCUAUCCUCAGUUUCUCCAACUAAGACACAAGCACAGCCAUUCUACUCUCUUGGCUGGCUGGGGCUUUCCUGGAAGGCAUGGCCUAGAACAGACAGAGCCGACCCCCUAACCAUGUGGGCCCCCAGUGCUGACAGCGCAGGUCUGGGGGCGUGGGGAGCAAGCUCUGACCCCAGCUCUUGGCACGCAGACUUGAUCUGUGUGUGUGAUGUGGUAAGGGGACGCAUUAGCCCUACUCUGGGUCCUGACUUUUGGCCACAUGGCAGUGAACCUCUAAAGGCUUAGCCCUGGGUGCCGAGAGCUUACACCCCAGGAGGUCCAGAGUCCCAUAGGCCCAGGUGUGGUAGCAAAAUCUAUUGUGUGCCUAAAACACCCCUCCAUGUGCACCGUUGCAACAGGGAGCAAACCCCUCUGUCUCUCAAUAAAGCAGCCUGUGGGCACCGA